CAGAUUCUCAAAGACGAAGACGACGACGAUUUCCUCGCUGUCCUUUGCUUCGAUCAAAGCAAUGGAAGUGAAGAACCUUUCGCAUUUAUACAGACAGAACAGGAUACCCUCAUUCUGGAUUUCGGCUCAUCUGAUAUGAAUCUGCAGCCAUUUUUAGAUGAAUAUGUAGGAGAAACCAGUGAUGCUUUGAAUGUUGGUACUUUUAUCCAUAUGUGUUUGGCAUAACUGUUUUGUAGUCAGCAGUAAUGGUGUUUGGUUACAGGAAGUGGUAGACGAAGAGGAUGAGAAGCUGAAGAAGCUUAAAGCCGAGUGGGGAGAAGAGGUGCACAACGCUGUUAAAACAGCUCUCGAGGAAUUGAAUGAGUAUAAUGCAAGUGGUCGAUACAGCACCCCAGAACUUUGGAAUUUCAAAGCAGGAAGGAAAGCAACACUAAAGGAAGUGAUUAGUUUCAAUUCCAACUAUAUGAAGCCUCUGAAACGCAAAAGAACCUGAAGGAGACGAAUGCAUGUAGCAAGAAAUUAACUUGGGUGUCUGUUCUCUUGGCUGCUGGUGAGAGAGUCGAGCUAGCAACGGACAAGUACAUUCCUCUGUCGCCGAUACUCAUAGAUCAGGAGUUCAUCAAGGAGAGGUUAGCACAAGAUAGCAAGUGAACACACAAAAAUUUAAAUUUCACAUGUUUUAUAUUUUUUUUUUAUUCCUAAGGACUUCUAAUUGGUUAACACCAUUGGACAAAUACUUUUGACAAGAAUCCUUAACUAUUUCAAAAAUAAAAGUAAGGCUAAGGACUCCAAUUGUGGUAACACCAUUGGAGAUGCUCUUAUGGGCUGUUGAGUUUCUUAAAAGGACAAU